AGCCAACAUAAGGUGGUGUGUUCUCCAAACACCACCUGAAACUUCUCCAAAUAGUAAAGUACUUCUGAGUACUUCUCGGACUAAUAUAAUUUCAUCUGAAGCUUCACCGAUUCAAAGGAUCCCACUUGAAGCUUUGACAAAUAGUAGAGUGCUUCGAAGCGCUUCUUGGAUUAAAAUGACACACACAGAUGUAAAUUAG